CCUGCUCCAGAAGAGAAUCCAGCCCUGCUUGCAUCCUACGACACGAAAUUGGAGCAAAGAUUAUCUUGCACAUUACUCACAUAAUUGCUGUAUAAUCGGCAUAGAUCACAAAAGGCGUUACUCCGAUUUAUUUUGUAUCCUUUUAAGAGAAAAGGGACGAAUAAUCAUCUCGGGAUAGACGCUUUUAAACCAACCUAACCAAUGACAUAAAUGUCAGUCGGUCAAGGUCCACUCACACUCCAGAUGUGCGUUUAGCGUUUAUACACGUUUAUUUCAGGCAAGCCUCGCUUUCUCAUUCGAAAUCUGUACACGUUUUAUGAAGGGAAGCACUUUCAAAUUGUGGCAGUAUGGGGAAUCUUCGUUUUUGGAUGAGGACUUUGCUUUUUGGUAUUUGAUUGGGAAUUUAACCAUGGAUUUAAGUAGCCUACAGAAGAGCAGAUAUGUAGCGCGACAGACUGAUGAUUUUAAGAAACACUGAAGAUCCGCGAGGAGCCACGGGAAAAAACCUACAAACAAAUCGUGCGGGUGAAGGAAGAAUUGCAUUUUUGACAAAAAAGCUCCUGUAUUUGUAUUGCUGAUAAUAACACUUUAAUCGGUCGUUAGUCUCAGGUUAAUCAUUUAGUGGACACGGCUGUAGUUUAUUUCAGGUUAAGCUGACAAAAGACAAUCUGCUUGUACCUUCGCUAUCAUGUCGGCGGUGAUGAUAACGCGCAAGGUCUCUCGAAAAUGGGAGAAAUUACCUGGGAAAAACACCUUCUGCUGCGAUGGACGGGUUAUGAUGGCUAGGCAGAAAGGAGUAUUUUACCUGACCCUGUUUCUCAUCAUUGGAACCUGCUCUCUGUUCUUCGCCUUUGAGUGCCCGUACCUGGCAGUGCACCUGUCUCCUGCCAUCCCUGUGUUUGCAGUGUUGCUCUUCGUCUUUGUCGUGGCCAUGCUGCUCCGAACCAGCUUCAGUGACCCAGGGGUGCUGCCACGGGCUCUGCCGGAGGAGGCCAACUUCAUUGAGAUGGAGAUCGAAGCAGCCAAUGGGAAUGUCAUGGCUGGACAGCGGCCUCCGCCCCGCAUCAAGAACGUGCAAAUUAACAACCAGAUCGUCAAGCUGAAGUACUGCUACACCUGCAAGAUCUUCAGACCCCCACGUGCUUCCCAUUGCAGCAUCUGCGACAACUGUGUGGACCGGUUUGACCAUCACUGUCCCUGGGUCGGAAACUGCGUAGGAAAGAGGAAUUACAGAUACUUCUACUUGUUCACACUCUCGCUGUCUCUACUUACCAUUUACAUCUUCGCCUUUGACAUCGUCCAUGUGGUUCUCCGUUCAGUGGACUCAGGAUUUCUGAAUACCAUUAAAGAAACUCCCGGAACUGUGUUGGAGGUUCUGGUGUGUUUUUUCACGCUCUGGUCUGUGGUGGGAUUGACUGGUUUCCACACCUACUUGAUCUCCCUCAACCAGACCACCAAUGAGGAUAUCAAAGGCUCGUGGUCUGGAAAGAACCGUGUGCAGAACCCUUAUAGCCAUAAGAACAUCAUCAAGAACUGCUGUGAGGUUCUGUGUGGCCCUAAUUACCCCAGUGUGUUGGACAGAAGAGGGGUGAUGCUGGAAGACUCGACUAGCCCCACCCCCCCUGCUGCAUCUGCUGCUUCCACCUAUAAGAGCAGCAACCCUGUUUCACAAACCACAAAAUCCUCAGCUCCCCUGAUUCUCAAUGAACAUACCCCCGAUGAAGCCAAGCCCAGCAUUGGUGCAGGCCCCCAGAAGAGCACCAGCUCCCCUAAAGAAGAGAAACCCCCCUCGCCAACAUCCCCUAAUGCUGUCGCCCCUGCAGUCAUCAAAGAGUCGGCCCACUAGCUUUGAAAGCCUUCUUCUCCAGACUUCUCUCAACCCUCUGAAUGUGCUCACUUACAGGAACACACAGAAAAACUCAUGACUCAUUCAGAGCAGUGGUCUGUGCUUUCUGAUACUCUUUCACAGAACGGGACCCCUUCAGCCUGGAUCCUGCGCUAGCACACAAGACAGGAUCUGGAGGUCUUGAGACUCUCCUCUCUGAAUCACAGCAUGAUGAAACUCACAAUGAGGGAAAUGGGGAGCCACAGACUGAAUGGAAUGAGAAUGGACUACCCUGAAGCGUAAUGAGGACAUUAUUUCCCUCGUAAAAUGUUCGGUUGUUUUUUCAGUGUCAUUACCCGUUUCUGUAUAGCCUGCCUCCAUUAUUCCUAACCAUUUGUGUGCCCUGUAAAACCCGUUACUAGCUUCUAUUGUAGUUGUGCAGAAUGCCCUUUGGAUUAGACUUCUUUGUUUUCAAAGUGUUACAAGGAAAAGUGCUUUAGCCAUAAACGUACAUUAAGGCCCAACAAA